AUGACAGUGGGCAGUUCCAUCGAAGAGCGACGCCGGAAGUCGAGGCAUAUACUCCUCGCGGCCUUUGCCCUUCUGGUUGUGCUUUGGGUUUUCAAGCUCUCCCAUCCCAAAUACUCAAUCGUUUCCUCAUAUUCCGAGCAAUCUCCAUUAACCCAACAACCUUCAAACCCUUCGAAGCCUCCGUCAAUACCGGUCAUUAAAGUGGCCCCCGAAAAGAACUGGAAGUCAAGACCGGUGAACAACGCCCUUACUAGCGAUCCCUUCAAUGGGACCAUUGGCAACAAAGUAGCCGUGAUUGUCGAGACAACCUUCCGCGCGAACCUCGUCCCCCUCCUUUUGCAUUUUGGCAGCGUGCUGGGUCCCAGCUGGCCCAUCCUGAUAUAUACCUCCGUCGAGGGCAUCGGUCAAUUUUCCACCUCCUCUGCGCUUGGCGGAUAUUUAAAGACCGGGGCCAUCCAAAUCCGAACAUUGCCACAAAGCGUAUUUCUCCCAAAUGCGGCGGCCAUGAGCGAGUUGAUGACGGGGACAUGGCUGUGGGAGAGUCUGGCGCCCGCUGAACACAUUCUCUUUUUCCAGAGCGACAGCAUGCUCUGUGCGAAUGCGGCACGAAGCGUGGAUGAUUACUUCCAGUAUGAUUUCGUGGGGGCGCUGAUUGGGGCGGCCAAACCGAAGGCUUAUAAUGGGGGGUUGAGCUUGAGGAAGAGAAGUAGUAUUCUGCGAGUCUUGGAAGAGUCGAGUUGGCAUAAGAACCACAGGGAUAAAUUCGAGGAUCAGUGGUAUUAUAAUAGGUUUGUCACUCAAUGUACCCCGCCAAACCCAGGAUGUGUGCUAAUUCCGUGGGAUGACAGAUUUAAAGAGAUCCAAGAGCAACAAGAAGCGGAAGGGAUUGAUCCCGAGACCGAAGGUGCUAUCAAUCUACCCACCGUAGGGGUUGCGAGGACGUUCAGCGUGGAGUCGAUUGAUUACCCACAUCCGCUGGGUGUACAGGAGGUGCACAGGUGGAAUAAUGACCAGAUGGAGAAAUUGACUGAGUGGUGCCCGGAGUCCAAACUUUGCAGUAAGGAACCCUUUAAGGAUACUUGA